AAGUGUUGACAUGUUAUUAUAAGGAUAUAACCCAUAUAUUUUCUUAAUACGGCCCUCGAAGUGAGAAUCCUUUGGUUUUGUUCAAACCAGUAUCAUUGUGGAACCGCUGUGUUUACCUCACUGUUUCCGGCCGGAGCAUAACACUGAGAACACAAAAUGGCGACCUCCUUGCUGCGGUUAGGGCGACUGGGUUCCCUCAAGUUUCUCCAGUUGGAGAGCUUGGGCCUCCUGAGGAGUCGCUCGGCUGCUUCGUUCUGCACUCAGGCUGAAGAGCCCGCUCAGCCAGCGAAAAAGACAGAGGCUGCCAGCAAGACAGAUCCUUCAGAUGAGAGAGCAACCUUGCUAGCCUACAAGACAGCAGUUGCCUUCCCAGUUAGAUUUUCAGAGCCUGGAGUUUUCCCAACACAGUCUCUAGGUGUAACUGAACCAUUGGCCGGCCCCACUGCCACUGCAGAAACAAUUGUAGCUGCAGCAGCUCCUGUCACUGCUGCCAGUGAAGCAGCUGUAGCUGAGCCGCCAGUGGCAGCAGAGACGCCAGCUGCUUACCCAGAUGUUGCUCAGGUUAUCGCUGACACGGCUCCACCUGUAGUUGCCGCAGGUCUCCCAGCUGAUGAGCCCUUGUUUGAUGCAAGCAGUAAAACGUCAGCACCAGACGACACUCCAGUCGCAGCCUCCACCACAGACGAUGCAGUCGUAGCCACCGCAGCCUCCUCUGAGCCUGGUGAUCCAGCAACUGACGGAUCAUCCUCCUCAUUGUCCAGCGACUCGGACUCGGACUCGGACUCGGACUCGGACUCGGACUCGGACUCUAAGGACGAGAAGUCAGAAGUGAAGACUGAAACCAAGACCUCACCACCAGAAGCGUCCGAUUCCACUGUGAAAGUAGUAGCAGAUGUCCAGGAGCUCACAUCAGAAGUGAAGGAAGACACUAUUCAAGAUAAGAUGGAAGUUCCUCCAGAACCUGAAGCUACUCCUGCUUGUGCAGCAGCGGCAGCAGCGCCCACAGAAGCAGCUCAAGCCACCGUCGAGGCACCCAGUGUUAACUCUGAGGAGUUAGUGGACCCUGCUCCUGAGAUCUGCACUGCCACCAAAGAUGCUGAGACCAGAACAGAAGUUUCAGCUGAAGCUGCAGUGGAACCAGCUACAGAAGUAAUAGAAGAUGUUGCAUCUCCUGCCAUCCCAGAUGCGCAAGUAGAAACUUUCACUCCAGAAAAAGCUCAGACUGACGCUCCUGUAGAAAUCACGGAGUCUGCCUCUGCUGAAGCCCCCACAAAAGCUGACAAAUCCCUUGUAGAAGCUGCUGCAGAGCCUGUAGAAACUGAAGCUGCCCCUGUAGAAGCUUCUGCAGAGCCUGCAGCUGAAGUUACUGCCUCUGUGGAGAGCACCGAGGAGCUGGUGGACCCGGCUCCAGUUGUAGCUGAAGCUGCCCCUGUAGAAGCUUCUGCAGAGCCUGCAGCUGAAGUUACUGCCUCUGUGGAGAGCACCGAGGAGCUGGUGGACCCGGCUCCAGUUGUAGCUGAAGCUGCCCCUGUAGAAGCAGCUGCAGAGCCUGCAGAAGCUGAAGCUGCUGUCGAGGCUGCAGCUGAAGUUACUGCCUCUGUGGAGAGCACCGAGGAGCUGGUGGACCCGGCUCCAGUCAUAACUGAAGCUGCCCCUGUAGAAGCUGAAGCUGCUUCUGAGGCUGCAGCUGAAGUCUCUGCUCCUGUAGAGAGCACAGAGGAGCUGGCGGACCCUGCUGCAGUCAUAGCUGAAGCUGCUGGAGCGGAGCUGCAGGCGGACGCCCCAGUUGAACCAUCUGAGGAGACUGCAGCAGCGGCGCCUCCAGAACCCGAUGAGCCUUUUGACAACAGCACUUAUAAAAACAACCAGCAUCACAGCUACUCCUCCUACACAUUUGCAGACCUGGAUGUAGAGAUGGCUAAAUUUCGGCUCCCACAGCCGUCCUCCAUCAGACACUAGAGGAGUUUGCUUGGCUGCAAAACCUUUAUAUUGCUUAAAGAUGAUGGUGAUGGUGUUGUCCCUUUUUCUGAUGAUCAUCCCCUCACCUGUCAGAUCUGCAUAAUAUUCUGCUGUUAAAAUGUUAUAUUAAUAAAGUACACAAAUGAGAAA